UAAUUUUAAAUAAAAUAAUUCAAGAUUUUAUUUCAUCUUUUUUCAUGUAUUUUUUUUUUUCUUGUUUUUUAUAAUUGUUAUAGUCUCUUAGUUCUUUUUUGUUUUCUUUUUAUUUGUUUUGUCUUGAUACAGGGGGGUCUUCUUAUUUCUAAUACAAUAAUAAUUAUAUUAUAUAUUUUAUUUACAAGAGCGAAAAAAGAAAGAAUAUUAUAACACUGGUGCUAUAGUUUAAUUAUUUUUUUUUUUAUCUUUAUUUUGAACCUAUGUAAAUCUUUAUUUAUUCUUCUUUUUAUAUUUUAAAUUAUUUCAUUUACAUAUUAUUGUAUCUGUUAUAAAACAAGGUGAAAUUCUACUUGUUACAAUGUUUUAAAUUCGUUAAUUGAUUUUCUUUUUUUUUUUUAUAAAAUACAUAUUAUGCAUGUGAAAUUUUUUAUUUGUACUUGAAAAAAAUUUUUUGAAUAUUUUAAAAAUGUGAUCUUUUAUUUAUAAUGAGUUCUUCGAAAGACUAUGGGCGGCUAGCAAAAUGCAAUUCUAACGUCAAUUUGUCUUAUUCGACAGUAAUGUUUUAAUAAAUGAAUAAGUUAAUUUAACGUUAGAUCUGCAUUUUAAUGGACGCCGUGUUCCAUUUCGAAUUUAUCGCUGAAUCAUUGGCUUGAACACUGACCUUAUAAUUUUCACCAAUAUCUAAUACGUUAUAAUUUUAAAUCUGCUGUCUGUAUAAUGUGUGACUUCCCAGGACAUUUUGGCAGAAGUUAUGAUUCUUAACGAUACAUAAUGGGUCUGAUCUUCUAUUUUGCUCGGAAAGUGGAAAAAGUAAAAAAUUUUCCUGCAAUGCCAUUGAUAGUUAUUUCUGGUUAUCCAAGCAGCUGCAAGACAACGAAAGCUAGAGAGUUAGCUAAAUAUUUUGAAGAAAAGGGUAAAGUAGUAAAAGUUGUAUCUGAAAAUAUUGCAGUGCCGAAAGCGGGAUUUAGAAAAAAUGAAUAUUUUUCUGAUUCUCAAAAAGAAAAAACAGUUCGAAGUGAUUUGAAAUCUGAAGUUAUCCGUCUUCUAAAUAAACAAGAUCUUGUAAUUUUUGAUUCAAGCAACUAUAUAAAAGGAUAUCGUUAUGAGAUAUUUUGCGCCACAAAGGCUGCAAGGACAACACAAUGCACUUUAUUUUGCGCGAUACAAAAAGAACUUGCUUGGAAAUUCAAUAAAGGUAGAAAUGGCACUGAUGACAAUUUGAAAAAUGAUAACAAUGCUUUAUUAGACAAUUCAGAUGUUCCGUACGAUGAAGAGGUUUUUAAUGGUUUAUGUUUGCGUUAUGAAGAACCACAUGGCAAUUGCAGGUGGGAUAGCCCUUUAUUUGUUUCCUUUCCUAACGAUAUCUUGGAUUUCCAAGGAAUAUAUGAUGCUUUAUUUGAAUCUAAACCACUGGUUCCGAAUCAAUCAACACAAAAUCCUCCACUGAGCUCAACAAAUCAUUUAUUUGAAUUAGAUAAAUUGACUCAGGAAAUUGUUAGUGAUAUUACAGCAGCGAGAAAAAUUGGGAUAUUAGGCCCAGUUUCAGUUAAAGCAACCGAUGUUAAAGUAAAUAUACCAGAUUCGAUAAAUGCGAUUCAAUUAAAUAGGUUAAGAAAGCAAUUUUUAAAUUAUACUAAAUUACACACAAACGCAAGCUCUUUAGAUAAAGCUCCGCAAUUAUUUGUACAAUUUUUAAAUUCGAAUUUUAAUAAAUAAUUUCAAAUAAAAUAUUUAA